GGAACCGGAGGGGCAGGCCCGGCCUGGGCGGAGCGCGGGGUGCAAGGGAAGCGGCGCCGGAGCACCCGGUUGGUCAGGCCGAAGUGGGCCCGAGGAGGACGUGAGCUAGGUCGGAGCAAGAUGGCGGUGCAGGUGGUGCAGGCGGUGCAGGCGGUUCAUCUGGAAUCUGACGCUUUCCUAGUUUGUCUCAACCAUGCCCUGAGCACAGAAAAGGAGGAGGUGAUGGGGCUGUGUAUAGGGGAGUUGAAUGACGACACAAGGACUGACUCCAAAUUUGCGUAUACUGGAACUGAAAUGGGCACAGUUGCUGAAAAGGUUGACACCGUCAGAAUUAUUCAUAUUCAUUCUGUCAUCAUCCUGCGACGUUCUGAUAAGAGGAAAGACCGAGUAGAAAUUUCUCCAGAGCAGCUGUCUGCGGCCUCAACAGAGGCAGAGAGGUUGGCUGAACUAACAGGUCGCCCCAUGAGAGUUGUGGGCUGGUAUCAUUCCCAUCCUCAUAUAACUGUUUGGCCUUCACAUGUUGAUGUUCGCACACAAGCCAUGUACCAGAUGAUGGAUCAAGGCUUUGUGGGUCUUAUUUUUUCCUGUUUCAUAGAGGAUAAAAACACAAAGACUGGCCGAGUACUGUAUACUUGCUUCCAAUCCAUACAGGCCCAAAAGAGCUCAGAGUAUGAAAGAAUCGAAAUCCCAAUCCAUAUUGUGCCUCAUGUCACCAUUGGGAAAGUGUGCCUUGAAUCAGCAGUGGAGCUACCCAAAAUCCUGUGCCAGGAGGAGCAAGAUGCAUAUAGGAGGAUUCACAGCCUUACACACCUGGACUCGGUAACCAAGAUCCAUAAUGGCUCAGUGUUUACCAAGAAUCUGUGCAGUCAAAUGUCCGCAGUCAGUGGGCCUCUCCUGCAGUGGUUGGAAGACAGACUGGAGCAAAACCAACAGCAUUUGCAGGACUUACAACAGGAAAAAGAAGAGCUUCUGCAAGAACUCUCUUCCCUAGACUGAAGCAGCUGACAAAAUGGGGACAGAUGAAAAUACCCUGCAUAUAAUAAGAUAAACCAAUUUUGAUGAAAGAAAAAUUAAGAGGAUUCACAUUACCUGACUUCACGACUUUUACUAUAAAGCUGCAGUAAUCCAGACGGUAUGGUAUUGGCAGAGGGAAACACACAGAUCGAUGGAACAGAAGACAGAACCCAGAAAUAGGUUCAGAUAAAUAUCCCCAACUAAUUUUGGCAAAAUUCAAAAGCAGUUUAAUGCAGAAAAGAUACACUUUUCAACAAAUCAUGCUGAAGCAAUCAAAUGUCCAUAGGCAAAAAAUAAAGCAAAACUCAACUAAACCUCACACAUGCUAUAAAACUUACCUCAAAAUAUAUCAUGGAUUUAAAUGUAAGAUGUAAAACUAUACAACUUUAGGGAAAAAGACAUUGCAGAAAAUCUUUAGGAGAUAAGUUAUUGGACUUCAAAAGUAUGAUCUGUAAGAAAAAAGUUGAUAUGUUUGACUUCUUCAAAAUUUUAAAAAUUGCUUUGUAAAAAAAAUCUCAGAAGAGGAAAAGACAAGCUACAGAUUGAAAUUAUUUGCAAACCAUAGAGUACCUGAUCAAUGUGGAAAAACACAGUAAAAUCAACUCAACAAUAAAAAAUAAUCCAAUUAGAAAAUGAGCAAAAGAUAUGAAUGAACAUUUCACCAAAGAGGAUAUAUGAAUGGCAGGUAAUCACUUGAAAAGAUAAUAAACUUUAUAAAUCAUCAGGGAUUGCAAAUUAAAACCACAAUGAAGUAUGACUUAUCAGAGUGGCUAAUGGGAAAAUAGUGAAAAUGCUAAAUGCUAUUGAGGACACAAACUAGAUUUCUCAUAUGUUGGUGAUAAGAAUAUAAAAUGGUAUAGCCAGUCUAGAAAAGAAUUGAGAAAUUUCUUCUAAAAUUAAACAUACUAUAAUUCAGAAAAUGCACUUCUGGACGUUUAUCCCAGAGAAAUGAAAACCUUUGUUAGCAUAGUAACUUGUACAAAAAUUUUCAUAGCAGCUUUAUUCAAAAACUGGAAAUAAUGCAGAUGUCCUGCAAUGAAUAACUGGUUACACAGAUCAUCUAUACCUUAAAAUGCUACCCUGCAUUGGAAAGGAACAGACUAUAUUAAUACACACAACUUAGAUGGACCUCAGGGGUAUUGAUGAAUUUAAAAAACAAUAUCAGAGGGUCAUAUUGUAUGACUACAUUUAUACAACAGUCUUGAAAUGUCAAAAUUAUAGAAAUGAAGAACUGAUUCAUGAUUGCCAGGGAUGGGGACUGGAUGGGACAUGGCUUCUGUGUGACUCUACAGGCGUGACACACGGAGUUUCUUUGUGCUGAUGGAGCAGUUUUGUAUCUUAAUUGUGGUGCUGAGCACAUGAAUUCAUACUUAUGCUAAAACUGUAUGAUCUGUACACACAAAUGCAUGCAUGUAAAAUCUAGUGAAACUGAAUAAAGUCUGUAGUCUGCUAAACAGUA